ACAUGGAAUCCUUGGCUACUUCUUUCUUGCAUCUGAACAGCAACUACAUGUUCCAAACCUCGAAUUAUGCCCUAUAUGUUUGGGACCAUGCCAUUACAUUCUCGGAUGAAGUGGAUAAAAUUUGGUCGCAACCCAUGACAUUUGCUUCUCUUCUCUUCUAUAUAAACCGAUACUUAACGCACUGUCAAUUCAUCAUACUGCAAUUUGAAUUUCAUGAAACAUCAUGGACCCACUCAGUGUGUAAUCGAUAUGUCAAGUUUGCCGGAGCCACUACCUUAUGUCUUGUUACUGUCGCUGAACUUUCUAUGAUCCUUCGUGUUUAUGCCUUGUACCUUAGAAGCAAAUGUAUCCUGAUGUUGCUCCUCCCAGUACUUGUAGCCCAAAUUUUCUUUAGUGGGUGGGCUGUUCAUUUUGGAGAAAGAGUCCCUCUCCCAGAUGGAUUUCCAGGCUGCGUAUUGACUGGGCGAUCACAAUGGAUGGCUGCCUUGUGGGCUGCUCCACUUGUGACAGAUUCAUGCAUCUUCUUUCUGACUUUAUGGAGAACAAUUCGCUAUAGAAGCAAGCACGGACAUAUAUCAACAAUGCAGUUAAUUCUUCGAGAUGGCAUAAUUUACUUUGCAUUAAUAUGUAGUGUGAAUAUAAUGAAUGUUAUGAUUUAUUUUCUAGCGGUCGAGGACCUGAAAGCUGUUGGCGCAAGCUUCAGCCAGAUUCUUACUGCUAUCAUGGUGGCACGACUCCAACUCAAUUUAAAAAAGACAAUUACCCUGGAUGAAGAAUCAACGGCAGUUCCCUCACCACAAGGCCGUGGCCUGAAUUUUGGUCGAAAGGUGGAUUCUAGUGCUGGGAAUAACAUGGACUUCUUUUCUGUUGGCCAUCUUGGUGAUGAACUCUAUGGAAGCUUUUUUGAAGGUGCCUUCAAUGGAGAAGAUGAAGAAAAACUGUAUGGCUCCGGUGAAAUAAUUGAACUAGACGAGAGGCCUCUCAGGGUGGGAUAGAGCAGUUGAUUCUACACAUGUUAGUAG